AUGUAUCUUAAUCUGCCCAAUCCAUGUCUUGUAGGGAUUGUUUUGACUAUAUCGACUCAUUCUGGACCGCAGGUCGUUUACCACUAUCCACCAAUAGACCAGCUCUCCUCGCGCAGAAAGACUGAAGGAGAGUCCAGCCCUUAUGAAAAGGACCAAGACGCUCAAGAUACCGGGAUCUCGGUGCCUUCUGGGAGUGAACGCACUCCAACACAACGCAAAAGAACCCAGCGGUCCUAUCAUGAAGCAGAAAGCGAUAUCAACGUUUCUAUACAUUCCACGAGGACGGACGAACUUGAAUCUGAAUCGAGUGAUAGCGAAGAUGAAAACACGAGCAGUGGACUAAGCGACAGUGAUAUUUCAACUGAUUAUGCAGAUGUGUCGUCAGGAUAUAGCUCAUCAGGGUCAGAUAUUGAUGACGUAUCACCCAAUAGUGAAGAGUUCACUGCGACACGAUUCUCCAUAGACAAUAGUCCAAGCAUUCAGUCGCAAGCAACAUCACUAAAAAGCAACGGUCGAGAUCUGCAUACAAGUUCCAGUAGAGUCUUUCAGUACUUAAGCACUGAUGACAAUAAACGGAACUCGAUUGUUUCGAAACAUACGUUAGGCCGAGAAUUGGAAAUGUCUUGGCCUAACGUCGCACCCAUGGAAUCUGAUGACGAUGGCGAACUGCUCUAUGAAUUAGAUGAUCAGCACUUCGGCUCUGAGUUCCAAGCAAUCAACAAGAUUCUUCGCUACGAUGCAGAUUUCUUUGCAGAGGUAAGCUCACCACCCAAGGAUAUGUGUAACACCAGAUUUGAGCUUUCUAUAGAUGACUUGGUCCUUGUGGGUCUCCCAGUUCAUAGAAACACUGAUGGAUAUUGGCGCAGAUCCAAAAAGAAGAAGCCUGGAAAUCGUUCCAAGAGGUCAAACUCCAGCUUACGGAAUAGAAAUGUAUCGCAGUCACGGGCAGGAUCUGUUGACGCUGAUCCGGAUUCUCGUGUAAACCUUGGCUCUGGAAUUCUGGAUGCAGAAGAAAGCCAUGGAAGGGACGAAUACCAAGAUCUUGAAAAAAGUGUAAACAUGUUCCAUUUGUGCUUUUUGAUGAAUCCACAGCUUGUUGAGUACAAUGAGAGGGUGGACGACAUGUACCAUUAUGUUGUUUCCAGGCUAUCGCUAAUAUUGAGAUAUGCUCAGUCCAAAACUGAGUUCGUGACCAAAGAAUGCUACGAGAUUCUCAAAACUCGAGAUCAUGUCCUCAAAGUAUCAGAAAAAUACAAGUCUAUAAAGGGCCAGUCGAGCAAGGGUAAGUAUCUUUAUCAAAGGAUACUACAGAAAUCUGCUUUGGCCCGAGCUAUUACUCAGUGUUACGAUGCCAUUUCGCGAAAUGAAGUUGCUAAUUUGGAUAUUGAUGAUAAUAAAAUUAUCUCCCUGCAGAUUCCGCUCAAAGAUGAGUUCCUCGUACUGCCAGAUCUGAUAACAAAUCCGGUGCUGAAGGGUUCGUUUUUGACCUCUAUACUGAAUCAGAAGUUCUUGAAAGACAGUUCUGGAACGGGAAAUGAGCCAUGGGAGAAGGACAUUGACGACGACGACGACCUCCUCGACUACGCGCUCCUUCUUUUACACGAGCCUGCAAAUAUCAUGCAGCAGUUGCAGUAUUCGUCCUUUCGUGACGAUGUCACCUCUGUUAUUUUGUCGUCACUUGUUAAAAACUUGAAGCCAACAGUUCCGCUGCGAAACUAUCAAUUCAUCAUAGACGAGGUCAUGGGGGCCUCCGAUUUAGACGAUGGCGGAAGAAAAAACUCAUUUCAAACAGGGAUGUUGCGGUCUCUGGCCCUACACCUAAUGUACUGGCGUCACGCAAGAAUUAUAAUACCAAUAUCUUCCAAGAGCACUUAUAUAGUCUCACCACUGGCGCCAGUCACAGGUUGUGCAAAGGACGAUUUUGCAGGCAAUAGAAGUAAUGUAACGGAAAAUAAGCCGUUAAUCUUUCAAAACCAGGAUAUUUUUGCAAAAAAGUUUCCGCCUCUACCACCGCUUCCAUCUUUCUUGAGUCUCGUAUCCUCCUCCAAACCGAGACCAUUUGGAAACCUCAUACCAUCCAAAGAUCAUAAAAACGUUUACCUGAAUGCACUAAGCUGGCUUAUAAGAUACGGCUACCUGACACAGUUGUUGACUUUCGUUCGCUUAAGGGUUGAUUCACGCAUCAAAAUUGCAGUCGAUGAAGAUCUGGAAGUUGAUGGUGUGAGGAGACCUAAAAACUCAAAAUAUCGAAACCUGAAUACUGACACAAGCGACAAUGUUAUCACACCAGGUCUACCUGAUGACCUAGAAGACGACUUAGACUUUUUUUAUUAUGGUGAUGAUGAAGACAUUGUUAACCGGGCAGAUUUUACAAUUAUCUUGAACCCCGAGCGAGCGACAGCGGUUGAAAAACGGUGGCUGUACAAGUGCGUAGAAGGACAGCCGUCAGACGUGCAAGUUUUGUUUCACAAGCUAGUAAAAUACUUCAAUGGUACUACUCCUAUUGAGCUCGUACAAAUCAGAGAAGGGGUUUCUAGGCAUGAGAUCAGAAAGCUCUUUCAAGCAUUGGGCAAAUAUUUGGUGGAGACUAAACAUUGGUGA